UAUAAUAAUCAACAUGUUGGGCCGACUGCUGCUAACCGUCGAUGCUCUCGGUAUGUGCUUUGGCACUAUCAUGGCUGAUUGCCUCAAUGAGACGCACAUGUUUAAUCCACGGUGGCGGCCGCAUGCUAAAUUCCACAAUGCUCAGACGGUCUUCCUCGCCAUAAUCUUGUCCGGGCUGACGCUCUACUAUACGUGGCGACGGGCAAAGACGCCCGAGCUGCGCCGCGAGUUUGUCUUCAUCAGCGCCAUCACGGGGUCUAUCUAUUGGAUCGCGGGACUUCUCAGCAUCCUGCCUCCCGGUACCAUGGGUGUUGAUCCCGAGUUUGGAGGUCCGGGUUUCCCCCAGAGCAAGGUAUUUGUUGCCUUUAUAGCUACUGGUCUGCUUGGUGCUUGGAUGGAGUAUUGUUAAGACUUGUUUGCUGUAUUUUAGGUGAGGGAAAGGAGAAGGAUGGGUCGGUCUGGUCAAGAAGCUGAGGCGCUUUGGGCAGAUUGGCGUGGAUGAGGUCAGGGGCUGUGGCGGUGGGAUGUAGUACAAUACAGAGAUGACGAGGAGAUUUCUAUACCCCGCCGUUCUGUUUGAUAAAGUGAAGCAAACACACUCAACUCUAUCUAUUAUCAUUGUGAUACCCUUCGUCUAACACCUACUACUCAAAUUCCAGUCCCAGGAGGCAUUGAUGAUACGAUAUAAAAUACUUGAAUUCAUUAAGCUUU